AUGUCACCAGCUGCAGCAGUCUCAGCACUCAUAACUAAGGCGCAAUCGAGCUCCAGUUCUCCUUCCUCCGAGUACCAAAAUCCUCCAUCUACAUAUGAAUACGCUUACCCAUCUUCAAGUUAUUCUUCAUCAGCCUCUCCCCAGGUGUUCUACGUAUCCCAAACGCCCCCGCAAACGCAGGUCGCUAUAGCCCCGCCUUCCACUGGCAACCCAUCAGUGACAAUAACUUCAACGUCCACCCCAUACUAUCCAGCGUAUGAGAAUCCCCCUGCAAAUGAAUUAUCGUAUCCAGCAACAAAUACCCGUUCUUAUAGUUUUGAUUACCCAUCGUCACAAAAUUCUCAAUAUAAUCCACCAUCUUCUCAGUAUCCCUCCACAAACCCAUCGUCAAGUUCAAGUUAUCCACCGCCAGCGUCGAGCUACCCCACUCCAUCCUCGAGUUAUCCAUCAACAUCCUCAAAUUAUGCACCUCAACCACAAUACCAACAGAAUCCUCAGUACCAACCUUCAUCGGAAUACCCAUCUCAUACUUCUCAAUACCAACCGCCAGGAUCAUCACAAUAUCCACCACAACCGCCACAGUAUCCACCACAACCCCCACAGCAUCCACCACAACCCCCACAGUAUCCAUCGGCGCAGCAAUACCAACAGCAAUCUCAAUAUCCGUCGUCUCCACCUCCAUGCUCCUCCCCACCCCAAUCGCCCCCACCACAGCAAUACUCCAACCCACCCCCUAACUAUCCACCUCCACCCCCUAGCUAUCCCCCACCACCCAACUCGCCUCCACAAUACCCCCCACAUAAUCCCCCAAAUCAGAGGCCAUGUGAAUGUCACCCAGAAUAUCCCCCAGCCUGUCCACACAGGCAGCAAACUCCACCACCUACCCCCUGCCCUACCAGCCCUGUCCCCUAUAACCCCCCACCAUAUCCUAAGUCUUCCCCUUAUCCCACACCCAGCUCCAUACUUCCAUCUUAUCCAACCAUUCCUUACGUACAUGACAUAGUACCGCCGCCUUAUUACCCGUAA